UGCCAGUGGGAAGCCCAGGGGCUCCAGCUCACAUUCUUCACAGCAUACUUCAUGACUUCCUCCAAAGAGCCUCAUCUGCAGCAACACCAAAUAUGGGCAAAUGACCAGGGCCACACAGUUUGUCUGCGGUCACCAGGCACGUGGGGUUAUGGGGCACCAUGCGCUGCCAGACCGUGCGACUCGUUGCUCCAGAGUGCGACACGGCGCUGCCCUGGUCCUGCCUCCAUGACUCGCACUGUGACCGGUGUGUGAGUCGCCAGCUGUUCCACCGUGUUUCUUCUAGUAUCCGGAGGGACGUGGACGCACGCAGUGCGGGCAACACUGUCCGGCACACAGCCGACAGGCACCCGACACACCCCCACAGUGAAGUGCUCCUGGCAGCUGCUCCUUCCCAGAGUUUCUUUUACUGCACUUCACCUUCUCCUUGAUUUCUACACAAAUCAUCGUCCAUUUGUCACCGCUUCCACGCUCGCUAAUGUGUCCUUGCUCCAUGUGCAGCGCACGGUGUGGGGGGUGAGGGGGGGACACUGUGAAGCAGGGAGAUUGCCGGGGACGAGCAUUCAGGCACAGGCAGGGGUGCGAGACGCUGUCGAGGGAUUGGGUGGGGUCAGAACACAGGUGAAGACUAAGGAAGCGAAGCAGAGCCAAAAGGACAGGACGACACAGGGACAGGAGGACAGUAGAGAAGCAGCCGGGGAGGACCUGGGUCCUGUGGGUUAAGGACACGACUCAUAGCUCAGCCCUGGGUCCGAGUGCCCUGAAGCUCAGGUGGGAGCAGAGACCAGUGGUUGGGACUCCUGAUAAGGAGCUCCUCCCGCGGGGUGUGUGGGUGUGUCUUCACUCCCUGUGCUGGCAGCGAAUGUGUCUUUAUCGUUCAUAUUUGCCCACUGACAGUUUCCGCUACAGGACCGACACGGAAGUGCAGCACGAACGGCCUUUGGUAGAGAGGAGUUCCUCUUCUGUGUCGCUCUCGGCUCCCCAGGGGCCGAGAGAGAGAGAGAGAGAGAGAGAGAGAGAGAGAGAGAGAGAGAGAGAGAGAGAGAGAGAAAGAGAGAGAGAGAGUGUCUGUGCCUCUGUGUGUGUCUGGGGGUAUUAGUCAUUAGUCAUUCGUGGGCUGAUCUCAGUGGUAUUUGAAGCUGCUCACAAACAGCGUGGCUCUCAGAGACACAGAGAGUCAGAGAUUCAGAGUCUCGGCGAGGAUCAUAGAGAGCGGAGAGCAGAGCUUGUCCUCCAGGCGGGCGGACACACACACACACACACACACACACACACACACACACAAACGCUGAUACAGCAUGUUGGGGUGGGCACGGAGGACCGCGAGGAUGGAGGCUUCUUGUGCACCUGUCCCGGCAUCUCUCCGCGUCUUUCUCCUCGUUUCCGUCCUCUGUGCGUCCCGCGUGGCCGUGACCUUCAACCUGGACUCCGAAAAGCCCUCCGUCUUCUCCGGGCCGCAGGGCAGCUACUUCGGUUUCUCCGUGGACGUGUUCAUGCCGGACCCCACGCAGUUGAGGGUCCUCAUCGGUGCCCCCAAGGCCAACAUGUCGGGUUCGAGUGUGUUGCAGAGGGGGGCCGUGUACUCGUGUCCGUGGCAGAGCACCUCAGGGUGCCAGGAGCUCGACUUUAGCUCCACAGGAGACCAGACCAUGAAUGGGGUGCAUGAGUACAAGUCCAACCAGUGGUUUGGAGCCUCGGUUCGAUCCCAGGGGGAGCACAUUCUGGCCUGCGCUCCCCUCUACCAGUGGAGCACAUUCGCAGGGACUGAGCGAGAGCCGGUAGGGACGUGCUUCUUGAAGAAGGCAGACAAGGUGGUCGAGUACUCUCCCUGCCGCACAACCAUGAGCAGGCCGGAGGGACAAGGCUUCUGCCAGGCUGGAUUCAGCGCUGACUUUCUGAAGGGCGAAAGAGUCGUCGUCGGGGGACCCGGGAGCUUCUAUUGGCAAGGACAGCUGAUUUCUGACGAGAUCUCCGAGAUCAUGAAGAAGUACAGAAACGAUUUUGUGCCCCCGAAGUAUGAGAAGCAGCUGUUCACGAAUCCUGCCGACCCACAGUACGACGACAGCUACCUGGGGUACUCUGUGACUGUGGCAGACUUCGAUGGAGAUGGAGCGGAUGAUUUUGUCACCGGAGUCCCUCGAGGAGACAGCGCUCUUGGCUACGUCAACAUCCUCAACGGGAAAAACAUGGUGUCCAUGGCGAACUUCACUGGAGUGCAGAUGGCCGCCUACUUCGGCCACUCGGUAGCAGUGACUGACACCAACAGGGAUGGCCUCGUGGACCUCCUUGUGGGCGCGCCCCUUUUCAUGGAGCGGGGAUCGGACGGCAAGCUGCGGGAGGUGGGUCAGGUGUACGUGUACCUGGGGAGGGGGGGCUUCGCCUUCCACCCCCCGCGUCGCCUGACGGGCUCCGAGAUCUACGGUCGCUUCGGCAGCUCUGUCGCCCCCCUCGGAGACCUGGACAUGGACGGAUUCAACGACGUUGCCAUCGCUGCCCCCUACGGCAGCCCCGACCACCAGGGCCUUGUGUACAUCCACAACGGGCGCACGGGGGGUCUCGACUCCAUGGCUUCCCAGGUGCUCAGGGGGAGGUGGGCCGGGAACGGCAUGCCGGCCGCCUUCGGCUACGCCCUGCAUGGGGCUGCGGACAUCGACCGAAAUGGAUACCCGGACCUAGUCGUAGGCGUGUUUGGAGCAGAUAAGGCCGUCCUGUACAGGUCUCGGCCCGUGAUCAGCGUGAACGCCACCCUGGACGUGAUCCCGGCCAUGCUGAACCCUGACCAGAAGAGUUGCACUCUGCCUGGAAGCACAGAGGCUGUGUCCUGCUUCAAGGUGAAGCUGUGCCUGCAGGCCACUGGGAAGGGAGCGCCAGCAUCACUGCAAUUCCACGUGGACGUGACGCUGGACCGGCUGAAACACAAGGGGGCGCCGAAGCGCGUGCUCUUCCUCAACAGCAGGCUGUCGAACAUCUCGAAGAACGUGACCGUCGGCAACGGCAAAGGGGCGGCGUGCGAGGAGCUGGAUGCCUAUCUCAACGACGAGUCCCAGUUCAGGGACAAGAUCACCCCCAUCGCCGUCUUAAUGGAGUACAGCCUCAACUACGAAAUGGCGGCGGACAAGACAGGGCUGCUGCCCAUCCUGGACCAGUCGGCCCCCGCCAACGUGACCAAGCAGGCCCACAUUUUGCUGGACUGUGGGGAAGACAACAUCUGCAAACCAAACCUGAAGCUCUCCGUAGUCAGCGAGCAGAAGGAGUUGUACAUCGGCGACGACAACCCGUUGACGCUGGAGGUGACGGCUGAGAACGCCGGCGAAGGAGCCUACGAGGCCGAGCUGCACGUCUCUAUCCCCCCGCAGGCCGACUUCAGCGAGGUCAUCCGCAGCGAGACGCUGUCCAAGAUCUCUUGCGCCUACAAGGAGCCCACUCUGGUGGCCUGUGACCUGGGGAACCCCAUGAAGGGUGGGACCAAGAUCACGGCAGGCCUGCGGUUCAGUGUCCACAAGCUCUCGGACGAAGACACGACUGUGAAGUUUGACCUGCAGAUCGUCAGCUCAAACCAGUUCGAUAACACAAGCCAGGUGGUGACCACCACCGUGAAGCUCGCCGUUUUGGCCAAAGUGGAAAUCCGGGGUGUCUCGGCCCCAGAAGAGAUCGUUUUGCCGAUCGCAAAUUGGCAGCCCACCGAUCCACCCACACUGGAGGACCACAUUGGGCCGUCCGUCCAGCACAUCUAUGAGCUGCGGAAUAAUGGGCCGAGUGCCUUCAGCGAGGCCGUGCUGGACGUCGAGUGGCCCUACACGUUCGAGAACGGCUCCCUGCUCUACAUCAUCAAGCUCGAGGUGGACGGGCCCAUGAACUGCAGAACGGACGUGGAGAUCAACCCGCUCAACAUCACGAGCCCAGAGGCCCCCAGCAGCAACGCGACACGGGACGGAGACAACAGAUCAGACGACGCCAAGCGAAGACACGUUCAUCGCCGUGACCUGGAGGACAAGCAGCCGGAAGAUGCUGUGCAGACCCUGGACUGUGUGAAAGCCCAGUGUUUGAAGAUCAAGUGCCAGGUGGGACGUUUGGAGCGGAGCAAGAAUGCCGUUCUGACCAUCUACUCCCGUCUGUUUGUCGCCACCUUCCUCAAGGCCAACAUCCAGAACCAGACUUAUGCUUUGAAGUCCACGGGCUCCUUCCGCGUCAUCCAGAUGCCCUAUAAGAACCUCCAGUCAGAGCUGUCAGCCAAUUCGACGGCGCUAAGGACCAUGGUGACCUGGGCCGUGUCGUCCAUCAAGCAGCCCGUCCCCGCCUGGGUCAUCGCCCUGGCUGUGCUGGCUGGACUGCUGCUGCUAGCCCUCAUGAUACUUGUCAUGUACAAGUUCGGCUUCUUCAAGCGAGUGCGCCCCCCGCAGGAUGACACCGUGGAGAAGGAACAGCUGCAGCCACAGGACAACGGUGAGGGAAACCCGGAGACGUGAGCCCCACUCCACUGGGUUCCGGAAACGUCCUUCCUUGCACAGCACCGGAGCCCUGGGAGGAGCGUCGAGGGUCUCUCCUCCUAGCCGGUCCUUCAUGCAGACACGUCUCCACCCUUCGAACCCAUGAACCUCUGAAGCUCUUGUACAGCUUGACCGAAACAGUUCUUUACACUGUUAAUAUGCGAGAAAUAUAAUUGCCACUUUUGUACUUUUUGUUUUUUUUUUUUUUUUUUUAAAUAUUUGCUACUGCACAACGGUUUCAGGGCUUUCUCUUUCCGUACUGUGAGCUGCUGUUUUUUUUAAAAAAAAUGGCUGCAAUCUGCCAGCACAGGGUGACCUGGGUUGCCAUGACAACCAGCACCCCCCCCCCCCUUCCUGUGAUGCACUGGGCUGUGCAGGAGGCAGGUGGACACUGGUCAGUGUAACCAGUUAAUCUGCUUCAGGUGUAAAAUUAGAGAAAGGCACAGAUUCACUUAAUUUAUUAGAGAACUACAUGAAAUUGUUUGUUGCACAAAAUCUGCGCCCUAAUGAAGUGUGUGCGACAGCAAAACACUGGGACAGCAAGUACUGCAUUAAUGUGGUUUUCUUAUUAAAAUGUAUUUUUUGCUGUUUAUAUUUAUUCAUUUAGCUGACACUUUUCUCCAA